AUGGCUGCUACACAAGCAAUCGAUGUUGCUCCCCGAAAGAGCGCCGGCUUCGAUCAUGUGGGCGAAGCAACUGGCGCCUCCUUAUCUCGAAGCCGACCUACCUACGAGUCGUUCACCAACGUCAGCCAGAACGGCUGCUUCGAAUCCGACCGAGUAAUAAAAAGUGGUUACGUUGAAAAGAGAACCAAGACAAAGAAUUGGAAAAGGGUAUAUCUCGUUUUGCGACCGAAAACGUUAUCGAUAUAUAGAGACGAAAACGAGACAAAGCUUCGUCACCAGCUGUAUCUGUCAGACCUUUCCGCUGUCGCCUUCCUCAAAGAUCCCAAGCAAAAACGUGACCAUGUCUUUGGACUGUUCUCCCCCUCUCGCAACUACCAUCUACAAGCGCCAACAAGGCAAGACGCCCAAGAAUGGGUCGAAAUAAUAAGGAGAGAAACAAGGAUAGAGGAAGAAGAAGAGGAAAUGCUUCUCGCAAGCCCCCUACCGCGGAGUGUGUCACCUGCAGGACUCAUGUCGAUGGCGACGAGCGGCAUUCCAAUAGCCUUGGAGGGUCGCGACUCCGACAGGGUACUCUCAAGUUCACCGGAAACCUACAAUGCUCCAGAACCAGGGUUUGCCUUCGGGACGGGUCGACGAGUGUCAUCCACUAUCGACUCAUCUGGCAUGUCGGGCAAUGAAAUGCCGUCACAUUCUGACCUAUCCGACAAUGAGACACAGAGACCUAGAGUUUUCGCUAACCGGUCAGGGAGCCAAAUAAGUAUAUCCAACGUCCUAGGCAGCAGCAUCGGCACCCCAGGCGAGCAGCAUCCCGAUAGAGUUAUCUGGCAAGGGUGGCUCUGGCAGCUGCGAAGCAAAAGAGGUGUGAAGCAAUGGAAGGAUAUGUGGGCAGUGCUCCGACCUAGGAACCUCAUUCUUUACAAAGACCAGCAGGAAUACACGGCACAGUGGAUUCUAGCACUCUCGGCUGUCGUCGAUGUUGUGGACACUGAUCCCGUCAAAAACAAGGACAAUUGUCUGCAGAUUAUUACCGAGGAGAAGAGCUACAGGUUCUGCACCCAUGGCGAAGAGGCUCUGGUCCAGUUCAUCGGGGCAUUCAAAAGCCUGCUUGCAAAGCGACGAGGGCUUGAAGCGAGGGCAGCCGCAUCUUCUCUGUGA